GAGGGGCGGCCGUUAGCAGGACAUUCAAGUCAGUGGAGGUAACAUGGCUGCCGCGGGGCGCUGGGCUGGCGUACGAUCCCAGCUUUGAAGACUGAAAGCGCGUCGGCCCGGGUUAAAUACACACUUUCAAGAACAGCCCUGGGAACCGGCGAGCGACUUAACAAGGCCGAAACAAUGAUGACCAGCAUGAGGAAGAGGUGUUUUCUACUGAGCACUGUUGGCCUCCCUCAGGAUGGGGACAGCGAAGGGGACAGUGGCUUUGUGACACCAGACAGCACCACCAAGGAGAAGGUGUCCCGUUUUGUAGAGGGAGAGGACGUGCUUUCUCAUGGCAAAGAUGGACUCUUCUAUCUUGGGGUUAUAGUAGUGGUGGACAGUGAGAAUGAGAGGUGUUUGGUGCAGUUUGAAGACAGCACGGCUCACUGGUCCCUGUACAAAGACCUAACCAAGCUGAAGCUGCCCGAGUCGGAUGACCUGUGUGUUAUCUGCAAGUCUUCCAAAAGCUGGGAAACCAACGAGAUUGUACUAUGUCACAUCUGUGAGCAAGGCUACCACCAGGACUGUCUCCAGGUGAGCAGCCUCCCAGAUGACACAGCUACAGGUGCAAUGAGACAGCCGAGGAUAGGCCAGGAGUUCUGUGAGCCGGACAGCCAGUGGGAGUGUCCUCAGUGUGCUGGACACUCCGCCAUGGAGAAAGAAGAACGCAAAAAGUCACGGGAGAAUUCUCCAAGGAAACAACGGCCGCGUCCUCAGCCACAGAACCAGACGGAAGAGAACAACAAGCUAGUCCUGCCUUACGAGAUCAACACCUUAACCUGGGACCAAGGGCACAAGAGCAACAGGCAACAGACGUACUGCUACUGUGGUGGGCCUGGCGAGUGGUACAACCGCAUGCUGCAGUGCCAGAGGUGUAAGCAGUGGUUUCAUGAGGCCUGUGUGGAUUGCCUGCACCACCCACUCCUCUACGGUGACCGGUUUUAUGUGUUUGUGUGUGCGCUUUGCAACGAGGGAACGGAAUUCCUGCACCGACUGGAUGUGAAGUGGGUGGAUGUGGUGCAUCUGUCCAUCUUUAACCUGACACUGCAGGACUCCAAGACUUACUUUGAGUAUGAGGACACCAUCACCCAGUGGAUCAAUGACAACUGGGACCAGAUGCAGGCGCCGCUCGGGCUGCAAAAAGUAGGAGUCAGUGAACGGAAACAUGAGGUGCUGAGAGUCCUGGAGGGGAACAGACCAAGGUUCAAGUGUGGCCGGGAGAUCAAGAAGAAGACCAGCAUAUGGGGCCUGCGGGUGCGAGUGCCUCCACCAGUGCCGGCCAUCACCCUGCCAUAUGUUGGCCCCAUCACAGAGGACUCCAUCAAGCACAUCACCCUGCGGAACAAGAAGACACGUAAUGCGGACAGCCCUCCAAUACCCCGGAGCUACAAGCUGCGGGAGGACAAGCAGGAGGAGAUGGAGGAGGCAAUGGGUCGCUUCAGUCCUGCCAAGAAGCGUGCCGUGUCCCCGUCACCGCUGGAACAGGACGAGGAAAGUCCAGGAAGCUCGGGAAAGAGGAAGAGAAAACGUGAACUGGAUAUACUCAUGGAAGAUAAGAAAGCUAAGAAGAUGAUUGAGGAGGUGGGGUCAGUGAAGGCCAACAGCACCACAGACUCCCAGGCGCCAGUCAAGAGGAAAAGAGGCCGGCCACCUAAGAACCAGCCGAGCCUCAUCUCGGAAGACUUGCGGGACCUCAAGCAGAAACGAGCGCAGAAACUCUUGAAAGAGGCGCUCAAACAGGGGAACAACAUGCAUUCCGUCACCAAGUCUGGGCUGGACGUCACCACCCCGACCUGCCUCACUCCCGGGGACACCAGCGGGGACGAGACCUCCUCCCAUGGCACGCUGGACUCUUUCAUUCCGCCGCCCUCCAACUUUGAGGGUCAGAACAACCCAUUCCUGAACCUGGACUCGUUGAGCUACGGCAUGCCGGUGGUGCGUCCACUCAAGCGAAAGCUGAACGAGAGCGACAUCCGCAUCGGCAAGAACGGCGAGGUGAAGCGGCGGAAAGUGAGGAAGAAGGGUGAGAAGGGCAAGCUGGUGUCCCUCCUGCACCACCACCACCACAACGCCUCCGCCGGCCUCAAUGGUGCCAACGGCAUCCGGCUCAACGGCGCACACAGCAUCAAGAACUGUGUGGACUAUGCCCUGAAUGGUCGCCUCUCCUCCACCGCCAAGGACGCUUGCAGCGAGGCCGGCGAGGAGCCCAAGGUGGCCGAGUCUGGCUUCUCCCUCAGCGACCUCAAGUCCACGGUGAACAACUACUUUGGAGCGGCCAACCGCAUCGCCAGUGGGGAGAAAUUCCACGUGAUAGCUCGGCGGAUCAGCUUCGAAGAGAAAGUUCAGUACCUCAUAGAGUGGGACUGUCCAAGUUCCUCAUAAUGCAAGUUCCUGCAGACCUCAAGAUGGACUGCUGUGCUUGCUGCAGUGCUUGAGGCUUUGCUACGUCCCCUAGCCCCAUCAGAGCCCCAUCACCCCCUCAAGUCAGUGCUGAGUCAGGAAGGUGGGUCCCUCAGUUGCUCAGUCACUACAGUCACUCAGUCAGUCAGCCUUGAAAAGUGAUUAGUGUGUUUUAAGGCAUCAACCAACCCCCCAAACACUCCCCACCUCCCACACCCCACACCCCCAUCAGCCACAUUAAGACUGUGUUCAUUGCACACUGCCAGAGUGAGUGACUUGAAUGCUGCCAAGUUUGUGUCCACGACCACGGCCUCAACUUAAGUUUGUGAUAUGGUUGCUUAGGGAGAGACGGCCAGGAAAAUAUAUCCGUGGGGAACACCAUCAUAGAACACAGACUCAUUAUACAAAAAAAAGUAAAAAAAAAAAGAAAUGCAAGAACAACUCCAUAAUAACAUGAAAUCAAUUCGGACAGGGGAAAGAAGCGGUCCGAAAGAUGGAUUUAAGGAAGGAAGGAUCGGCCCAAAGCAACCACGUGAAACAAGUUAUUAUGCUAUUGUUUAGUCAUGUAUAUAAGUCGCGUUUGUUUUAUGUUUAUAUUUAUCCGGAGACUCGGACGCCAGGCGAGUAUUUGUGCAUGUGAGUGAAGAAUGAGACGAGACAGACGACUCACGAGGUGCUGAGCGUCUGGGAAGGACAUGAGGAAGCAGUGAUGUGUCUUAUGUUCUGUUUCCCCGACACACACACACACACACACA